CAAGCAGGCGUGAAAUUUCCCGCCUUUCUUUUGGCUGUCAAUCAAAGUUGUAUCAUCCAAUGGAGUGACCACAAAUUUCCCGCUUUGCACACGUAGUUGGCAUUGCUCCUCUAGCGAUCCUCGAAACGUCAAAACAAGUGAAGAUGGAAUGGAUUCAGACAGUGACAUCGGUGAAUUAAUAGAACUUCAAGAAUCUUGUAGCAAUGGAAUCAAGUGACAGAUUUCGAACAGCAGCGACACUAGCGAUGCUGAUGGGUGUCAGAGAAAAGCGAGACGACCAAAACUGAGGUGAAGACCGACAAGACAAGUGCGUCUUCCUUCGUGUAAACAUCACUACGAAGAGGACACCUCGGAUGAUGACGGGCUCUUUGAUUCAAUUAAAACAGUUUCAGAUUGCAGCAAAAUAGUUUCAGCAGCAAAAGAUGGGUUUGCAUCUUCGAAUGAAAGCGAAAGUGGUUUAGCAGAUCUUCCACGUCCGUAUGUGCCUUAUAUAAAAGGAAGCGACCAACGAUUGGCAAUCUCCUUCGUCUCAAGAUACAGAAAACAAGCAGUUGUCCACUUUUUCGGUUGAUAGUGAUUGUAGUGGUCAUACAGAGAUCAAUGCUGCAGUUGUGAAUGAAGAAACAGAAGAUCAAACUCGCGCAUAUCUGUUGUCCAACUCUAGCGGUUCAAACGGUGAAGAACUUGAUUCGUGCGACGAUUCGAGUCGAAACGAUAGCAGUUCAGAUGAUAGUGACAAGGAUUCUUUCAUUUCGGACGAUGGAAGUGAUCGCGCAAACGUAUUUACGAAGAGCAUUUACGAAGGAUCUAAUUUGUCUGUAGGUGCAAGUUGUAUUCUCAUUACACAGUUUAGUCGCAAGUACAAGCUUCCCCGUAAAGCUCAGAAUGAUCUACUCACUUGACUUAAGUUACAUUGUCCUGAGGGGGUUGAAAUUGCUUUACCCCAAACUUACAAGGAACUGUUAAAAAAGACUAUGCCAUCACUAGCCAACAUUGCGAAAGUACGGGUUUGUUCGAUUUGCAGAAUAGAAGGAGAUGCCACGGAGUGUGAAGAUGGACAUCCCGUGGGAAGACCAACUAAAGAGGAUUCAUACUUCAUCGAAUUACCCCUGGAACCACAGCUGAAAAUGAUUAUUGAAGAGAACUUCUCAGAAAUUUUUGGAGCUUGCAGAAAGCAGGUCCUGGAAUGGACUGAAGAAGCAAGCUCUUAUAAAGACAUCACGGAUGGAACCUUAUACAAGAAUUUUUACAAGGAAGUACACAGUGAAAGUGGAGAUAGAACAUGUUGUCACUUAAGUUUGAUGAUUAGUACUGAUGAAGCUCCUGUGUUCAAGUCCAUUCAGUGCUCUAUUUGGCCACUAUAUCUGUGUAUUUUAGAUCUUCCAUCACAGAAAAGGUUCCUCUAUUAAUAUUUUCCUAUAUUCCUGCUACUGUGAUGCACACAACCUUUUAUUACAUGUACAAUCAUGUACAGUAGGUAGUUGAUGGUCAUUUCCAUUGUCAGCAGAUAAAUUUAUAUGUGGAGUGGUGGCCAUAUUUUUUCACCGCAUACAUGCAAUUAACCAAUUUUUUUCCAAAACUGUACAGAAAUUUUAAACUUGAAAGAUAAAUUAUGCCUUGAGCAGGAUUUGAACCCACAUUCACUGGAACCUAGCCAGGUAUUAUCAACACUGCACUACCAGGACAAGCAAUUAUUGCUAGCAACAUUAUAACUGAUUUUAGCAGUGAAUGGGAGUAAUAUAUCGUAAUGGAAUUCUGAGCUCAGCUGCGCUGGUAUGAAGCUGGAUUAACAUGUGUUUCACAGGCCAACAAGGGCAAACAACACAAAUAAUAGACAUGUUAAUUACUUCUCUUGAGCUGUGUUGGCAAAAGAAAUGUUGUUGGCUCAAGACAAUUCAUUAAUUUGUUAUUACAUUGUCAGUUUAUAUAAUGGAAUGUAUAAUUCAUGUUCUCCGCCUCUCCAUCUUUUAGUGAUACCUCUUAUUAUUAUAUGUUCAGAAUUCGGUGAAGAAUGUUCUUCUCAUUGGACUUUGGUAUGGUGUGAAGAAACCCAAAAUCAAUUCCUUUUUGGAAGCAUUUCUUUGCAAAAUUGAAAUGCUGGAGACUGAAGGUCUUCUUGUAUGCAACAAAUGGGAAGAUGAAUUCAUAACUUUCAAAGUGCAUCUGCACUGCUGCAUAUGUGACCGGCCAGGAAAAGCCCUUGUCUUCCUACACAAGCUUUAUAAUGGAUUGUUUGGUUGUAUGGUCUGUUUUCACCCUGGAGUCAGACUAGACAUUGCUGGAAAUGUCAGAGUAUAUCCCUAUGCAGGUGACAAAUAUGAAAUGAGAACAAGUGAAGCUACUCGACAGCAUGCAUUGAUUGCACAGCUAUCGGGUAAAUAUGUGUUUUGUGUGAAGGGGUUUUCAGUCCUUCACAACUACAUGAGUGUUCCUGAUGGAUGUCCAGUUGACUGCAUGCAUUGUAUCCCUCAAGGUAGUUCAUGUAACUAUGUACAUUUCAAUGUUGCAUUCUAAGGCAUAAUUACUUAGCUUUUUGGGAAAUUGAUUUUUGCAACAAAAAUGCUUUAAUUAAAUUAUAAAAACUUCCUUUAGUAAAACUGAUUGAAUAUGAUGCAAUCCUAUGCAAUCAAUUUAAUUUUCAUUUUGUUAAUUGAUGUAAACUUAACCUAAUUGAUAGCCAUGAAGAAUUAACGGUCAUCAAAAUUUGUUCUUGUUUUUAUUAGACACGGGAAAGUAGAUUCUAAGUGCAAUUGUAGACUCCAAGAAUAAAGACCUGGCAUUCUUCAUUGGUGCAGAUGCACAGAGGACCAUUAACGCCAAGCUGCAAGCAAUUGCUGCUCCACACGACAUGGAAAGGAAGCCCAGAUCUCUUGAGUACAUUAAACGGGGGAAAGGUAAAUCCAGUGCAAAUAGCAAAGAUCAUUAUUAUUAUAUGAAAUGGAAUUACAUUCUCUCUUUCAUUGUGUUUGCAAGUCAGUACAGGAUUUUAAGAGUGCACUAUAUCAUUCUAAUUGACUGUGAACAUGUGAAAUUCACAUAUAUGAACUGUGAAUUAUGGUGUGAAGU